CCCAAAUCUUACUUUGUCUUUGUUGUCUUUUAAAUGUUGAUCAUACUUGUGAAUAUAUUUUGUUGUUGUUUAAAGUGAAAUGUGCUCUUUUUCUUUUUCGCUCGAACACGUAACACUUUUCCUUGAUCUCUUAAAAACAGUCGUGUCGCUUCCGUCAAUCCGAGCGAGUAGGUGGGGUCACAAUGAGCCAAGAUGGCUGACUUUGAGGAACCGCUAUCAGACGAAGAGAAGGUUCGCAUUGCAGCCAACUUUGUGACCCGUGCCCCACCAGGAGAGUUCAAUGAGGUCUUCAAUGAUGUGCGGCUUCUUCUUGACAAUGACACACUCCUCAGGGAGGGAGCAUCACACUCCUUUGCCCAGUACAACAUGGAUCAGUUCACACCUGCCAGACUUGAUGGCUUUGAAGACCCGGUCCUGAUUACAGAGCAUGGCGACCUGGGUCAGGGGCGCUUCCUGGACCCUCGCAACAACUUGUCUUUCCGCUUUGACCACCUUCGGAAAGAAGUGAGCGACGUGCAGCCAUAUGAAGGAGACGCGUCUCUUAAAGCCUGGAGGGAUUCCUGCGACAAUGCCCUUAGUGCCUACGUCAAAGAGCACUACCCGACUGGAGUCUGCACAGUAUAUGGGAAAACUGUUGAUGGCCAGCAAACCAUCAUCGCCUGCAUUGAGGGACAUCAGUUUCAACCCAAAAACUUUUGGAAUGGUCGCUGUAGGUCUGAGUGGAAACUUACCAUUGGCCAGUCCACAGCACAGGUUGUGGGAGUGUUGAAAAUCCAGGUCCACUAUUAUGAAGAUGGGAAUGUGCAGCUGGUUAGUCAUAAAGAGAUCGAGCAAUCGAUAUCAGCGACUAGUGAAACUCAAGCGGCUAAGGAAUUUGUUGACAUUAUCGAAAAUGCUGAAAAUGAUUACCAGACUGCAAUCAGUGAGAACUACCAGGCCAUGUCUGAUACAACGUUUAAGGCUCUACGUCGCCUGCUGCCCGUCACACGCACCAAGAUCGACUGGAACAAAAUUCUAAGUUACAAAAUUGGCAAGGAGAUGCAAAAUGUCUAGUGGAAGGUCAGCGAGAGGGAGAUUCAAGCUACCUAAUCACUUAACCAAACUGGACUUAACCAAAGCAAAAUGAUAGUAGUUUGGGGCAAGGAAUCCAUGAAAAAGAAAAAAAAACUCAUCAAAACUUCAAUUUGCAGACUGUAAUACAUAUGCAUGUCUGAUUUGGGGAGAAUGAAUGAGAUCAUCAUAGUUUGCAGUAAAUGGUUGUAAGAAUUGUGCAGAACAACAUAUUGAUAAAGACUUGGGGAUGAAGAAGAACCAAAAAAAAAAAGAAAUGCUUUGUAAUGUGCUCUUGCUUUGGUAACAUGACCUCCACUGCUGUCCUUUUCUGUUACGAAGCAUUAAAAACCAUUUUCCCAAAUCUCUUUCCCAUGGUAAAGAACUCCAUUCUCCCACCCACGGAUGCACAUUUCUAUUUUAAUAUGCUGUUUUCUUUUGGAGUCAUGAAAUGCUGUAUUGUAAUGUGUUGGUCAAUGCCCAGUGCACAUGAAAAGCAAGAUGUUAACCUUUGUAGGGCCACAUCAAAAUGCAUCUGUAUACCAAUACUUCAAAGCAGACAUUUUUGGAUGGAUGCUCAGACUGUGCUGAUCGGUUAUGUGUUGCCUGUACUGCCCCAUUCUGUUGUAUGAAUUAAAGGACGAAAGAACA